GUGUUACGCAUGUGCAGGAGUUCUAACCGUUCAAGAGGCACCCCAUGAGUUGCCGGUCCAACAUGGAGAGGAAGGUCCUAGCGUUACAGGCGAGGAAGAAGAGGGCCAAGGCGAAAAAACUCAACAAGAAGGCCGAGCCCCACCCAAGGGCCCCCUCCCAGCAGCCCGAGUCCCCGCACCAGGAGCCGGAUGAGGAGAUCCUUGGCUCUGACGAUGAGGAGCAAGAGGACCCCAACGACUACUGCAAGGGUGGCUAUCACCACGUCAAGAUCGGCGACCUGUUCAACGGGAGGUACCAUGUGAUCCGCAAGCUGGGCUGGGGCCACUUCUCCACUGUGUGGCUGGCCUGGGACAUCCAGGGGAAGCGAUUUGUGGCCAUGAAGGUGGUGAAAAGCGCGGAGCACUACACCGAGACGGCGCUGGACGAAAUCAAGCUGCUGAGAUCAGUCAGAAACACAGACCCUGACGAUCCCAACAGGGAGAUGGUGGUCCAGCUGCUGGAUGAUUUUAAGAUCUCUGGCACCAACGGCACUCACGUUUGCAUGGUGUUUGAGGUCAUGGGGCACCACCUUCUGAAAUGGAUCAUCAAGUCCAACUACCAGGGCCUGCCUCUGCCCUGUGUCAAGAGCAUCAUCCAACAGGUUCUGCAGGGCCUUGACUACCUGCACACCAAGUGCAAAAUCAUCCACACAGACAUCAAGCCCGAGAACAUCCUAAUGAGCGUCAAUGAGCCGUACGUCAGGAGGCUGGCAGCCGAGGCCACGGAGUGGCAGAGGGCCGGGGCUCCUCCCCCCUCCGGAUCCGCAGUGAGUACAGCCCCACCACCAAAACAGACAGUGAAAAUGUCAAAGAAUAAGAAGAAGAAGCUGAAGAAGAAACAGAAGCGGCAGGCGGAGCUCCUGGAGAAACGCAUCCUGGAGCUGGAGGAGCUGGAGCGGAGGCCAGAAGCGGGCGAGGAAGAGGAGGACGAGGAAGAGGAGCCAGAAACCCCAGAGACGCCCUCCUGUCCCCCUCUCAAAGAGGCUUCACUGCAGGACAUUGCGAAUGAGGUCGCCGAAGAGGGCUGCACCGACGGCUGGGAGCAGGACGGGCAGCAGGAGGGGCUGACGGAGAUGAACUGUAACGGACACGAGCCCGACACCCGCGCCCAGGCGACAGAGCGGGACGAGGAGAGCCCGGGCCAGUGCAAGGAGGAGGAGGAGGAGGAGGAGGAUCGGCGCAAUGCCAACGACUGCCUGCAGGGGGAAGAGUGCACGCAGGGGCAGGAGUUGCUGGUCAACGCUGCCUACCAGACCUGCAACGGCGUGGCACCGGCCGACACUGGCCGCCUUAGCCCGGACGAUGACGAUGACAGCCCCUCGAUCAGCGGUGUCAGCGCGGCGGGGUCCUGCCGGCAGCGGGAGGAGACACGGCGGGCCAGCGAGCAGGACGCGGCGAGCACAGUGGGGGUUUCCACGGAGACCGAUGCGGAAAGCCAGCAGGGAGCACAGGAGAGCUUGAAGAAUGCCAAGCUGGCCGCCGGCGCCCUGCUGGUAAACCCCCUCGAGCCGCUCAACGCCAACAAGAUCAAGGUGAAGAUCGCAGACCUGGGAAACGCCUGCUGGGUGCACAAACACUUUACGGAAGACAUCCAGACGCGGCAGUACAGGUCUCUGGAGGUCCUGAUCGGGGCGGGAUACAGCACACCUGCAGAUAUCUGGAGCACAGCCUGCAUGGCAUUCGAGUUGGCAACAGGGGACUACCUGUUUGAGCCACACUCAGGGGAAGAUUACUCGCGAGAUGAAGACCACAUUGCGCUCAUCAUAGAGCUGCUGGGGAAAGUCCCUCGCAAGCUCAUCACAGCGGGGAAAUACUCCAAGGAUUUUUUCACCAAGAAAGGCGACCUGAGGCACAUCACCAAGCUGAAGCCCUGGGGCCUGCUGGAGGUGCUGGUAGAAAAAUACGAGUGGGCCCCGGAGGAGGCCCAGGCCUUCACCGACUUCCUGCUGCCCAUGCUGGAACUCAUCCCCGAGAGGCGGGCCACAGCGGCCGAAUGUCUGCGCCACCCCUGGCUCGCCCCCUAGUGGCCCCUCCAGCCACUGCACCCUCCAAACCCCACCCUGCUCAUGGCAGAGACUGACGUGACCUGGCCCUCUCCCCAGCCGUGAUCUGAAGGCAAAACCCCAGGAGUGCUCUCUCCAUCCCAAGCAGAUAUACCUAUUUAUUUCUCUUUAUUAUGUUCUGUUUGAUCUUUUUUUUUUCUUACUGGAUAUUACUUGAGUAUGUCAGCUUGGUUUUUUUUUUUUCUUCUUUGUUUCCCCCAUCUCUGUUUUGUACGACGCUGGCACUGAAACCUGUUGGACUGGCCCCGUCCCUGUGGAGGCCCUUAACACCUUUUAUUUACACUCAGUGUUGCUUUCUUGUUCUUGUUAUUUCUGCACCAGACUGUAAGUGGAUCACCUGCAGCCUCCAGUUUCCUCCAAAAUCUGGCUCCUCUUCCCUGCAGUGCUGCUCUACAGCUGUUACAGCACCACUCUGUGUACCUGAAGUGCUCGUCAGGGUGUAUGGCAGUUCUCCGUGUAGAGAGAGUUUCUUUGAGGGGCGUGACGGGGGGUGCUUGGACUGUCUGCCUGAAAAGAGGACAGUGAGAUUUGGACUGUGAAUAGACUCUACUCCUGGGUGAUGCUUUGCGCCUCUUCACUAAGGCCUUAUCUUCCUCGUUUCUCUCAGAUUGACAAAAUGGGAAUCUUCAGCAGGAGUCGCCCAUCCAUAUCGAGAGAUUAGAUUUUUUUUUUUGUCCUACAGUUCAUCAGCCUCAGUUGAAGCUACAUAUAAAAUCAGUAUCAAGACCUGAUGUUUAAUUUUCUUCUGCUGAUAGAUUUUUUUUUUUUUUUUUAUGGUCAUCCUUUGGUGUUCCCCAAGUGUGACAUCAGAAUGGUGUGCACAAAUGUAAAAUGGAAAAUGGCCCUCAUCCACAUCACAACAGUGACAUUGUAUGACAUAAAUGCAUACGUGACGUGUACAUGUGUGUGCGCGUGUGCACAUGUUUGUGUGAGCACGCAUGUGUUGAUGUGUGUAUGUGUGCGCGUGUGUGUGAAUACACUCAGACCAAAGAGAUGGCCGGGCCGUGUAUAUUACAGCUGUGUACAGUUUUUACAGAAUUCCCAUACAUAUGUGUUAGCUAAAGUUAUUUCGCCGGAUAGUAAUGUUUUAAUAACCCAUUUGGAGAUGCCUUGAUGUGUGUUUGUUAGCCUAGCAGCUUUUUAAUCAUUUAAAUAUUUUUGUCACUUCAUGCAGUUUCUUUGAAAUUUAAAACGGGGGGCUGUUGACACGUGAUGCUGUGGAAGCCCUGACCCUCUUUCUGGUGGGCUCCUCUCCACAGACGUUGAGAGUCUUGUGUACACUUGUCUCAUUUUCAGCAGGUCUUCCUUUCCUCCCUCUGUCUUCCCUGUUAAUUUUGAUAUCCACUGGAAAUUGCGUCCUCUCUCCUCUUUCUCCCUGGAGAUGUGCAUUGGGUUGUUGGCUGUGGGGUGAGCUGUUAUUGAGCUGGCUGUUGAGAAGCUGUGUGGAGGAACCUUUGAGAAGUGAGCAUCCAGACAUGAUUAACUGGCUUAUUUUUACACGGUAUAUUAGUCACGGAACAGUUUUAUUAAAUAGGUCAUGGGACGACACGACUUACAAAACACUGACUGUAAAUAGAAUCAGUAACAGCAAGGACGCAGGUAGGUUUGCCAGCUUCACAUCGACAUGUUCUUCAUACAUGUUGUGUUUUACCCGGCUGGAAUUAUUUACAAUACUCUGUCGAGGGUUGCAGUAGCACGGACACUAGGGGGCACUGUUUACACAUUUCCUACAGCUUUACAUGGUAACAGUCAGGUUGAGAGAUGAAGAGGCCUUUGCUAAGUUAGUCUCGCUCAGGGGGGCUUUGCAGCACAACCAAAUGCACACAGGUGUGACUACAUCAGUGUGGUAGAAUAACCUGUGAUUCUGCCUGAUCAAAGGCCGUAUGACCGCUCAUCCAACAAUAGGGUAUCAACUGACCAAAGAGGCAUGGGAAAGGCAGGUACCCCGCUGGGGUAUAGCUGCUGCUGGUUGGGUUUCAUCCAUGUGAUGUCAUUAUAUGGGAUUAAAUCCACCUAGCUUGUUUACCAUGUAUAAAUUGGGUGCUUUUGGAAAGAUAACGGAACCCAGCAGUCUGAACCACGAGGUA